AUGGCCAACCAAGCAAUCGUGCGUCACGCACGCAAGGAGGACUGCCCUCUGAUCCUGCAGCUGAUCCAAGAGCUGGCCGACUACGAGAAGGAGUCGGCCGCCAACCAGGCCACGGUGCCCACGCUCGAGGCCACCAUUGCCUUUGCGCCCUCGGAUGCCACUGGACCCAAGACCUCCAUCACCCCCAACACGGAGCCCACCAGCUCAACCAAGCCUGCACGAUGCCUCCUCCUCUUCACACCAGAGGGCGAGCCCGCAGGUAUGGCGCUGUAUUUCUACAACUACUCCACCUGGCGCGCCAAGCCUGGUAUCUACCUCGAGGAUUUGUUUGUGCGCGAGACGAUGCGCGGUCGUGGCUACGGCAAGCGAUUGCUCGUCGAGCUCGCCAAGGAGACUGUCGGUAUGGACGGUGGCCGGUUGGACUGGGUCGUGCUCAAGUGGAAUGAGCCCAGUAUCAAGUUUUAUGAGAGCAUUGGUGCAAAGGCCAUGAGCGAGUGGGUGGGUAUGCGGGUGGACAACGAAGGGCUCCAGAAAUUGGCCAAGUUGUUAGAUUAG